CUGUCUGCGAACACUGAGCUGCCUGGCGCCGUCUUGAUACUUUCAGAAAGAAUGCAUUCCCUGUAAAAAAAAAAAAAAUACUGAAGAGAGGGAGAGAGAGAGAAAGAGAGAGGAAAAGAGAGAGAGAGACGGAGAGCGCGCGAGACAGAGCGAGCCACGCAAUCUGACCGGGCAUUUUCAGCUCUCCCAGGUCCCACGCCUCCUGCUCGCCCUCCUCCUCUCUGCUCCUGGCUACCCAGGUGACCCGGGAGAGACUCAGUCUUGGAGCCGCCGAGGAGCCCCCAGUGCAGAGGAGCCUCACUUGCAGAAUUCCAACCAGUCCUCACCCUUUUUAUUUUUUACAAUUUGGUCUCCUUUUAUCCGUCCGUACCUGAUUUUUGGAAUUUCUUUUUUUCUUCCUCUUCUUCUCUUUGCUAAACUCCCCCGCAAAGAUUUUUUUUUUUUUAAAUCUCAUUUGCUCACCUUUCCUUCCCAGCUUUCCCAUUCGCCCCGUGAAAACAAAUCCUUAAACGACCCCCGCGCCUCCGACGGCAGCAGCAGCACCUGCAGCGCCUCGGAGCCCCGACCUCCCAGCUCGACCGCCCUCCCUCUCCGCGCGCGGGUUCCGGGCCCGGCGAGAGGGCGCGAGCGCAGCCGGGGCCAUGGAGGUGACGGCGGACCAGCCGCGCUGGGUGAGCCACCACCACCCCGCGGUCCUCAACGGGCAGCACCCGGACACGCACCACCCGGGCCUCGGCCACUCCUACAUGGACCCGGCCCAGUACCCCCUGCCCGAGGAGGUGGAUGUACUUUUUAACAUCGACGGUCAAGGCAACCACGUCCCGUCUUACUACGGAAACUCGGUGAGGGCCACCGUGCAGAGGUACCCUCCGACCCACCACGGGAGCCAGGUGUGCCGGCCGCCUCUGCUGCACGGAUCCUUGCCCUGGUUGGACGGCAGCAAGGCCCUGGGCAGCCACCACACCGCCUCGCCCUGGAACCUCAGCCCCUUCUCCAAGACGUCCAUCCACCACGGCUCCCCGGGGCCCCUGUCGGUCUACCCCCCGGCCUCGUCCUCCUCCCUGUCGGCGGGCCACUCCAGCCCGCACCUCUUCACCUUCCCGCCCACCCCGCCGAAGGACGUCUCCCCGGACCCGUCCCUGUCCACCCCGGGCUCGGCCGGCUCAGGCCGCCAGGACGAGAAGGAGUGCAUCAAGUACCAGGUGCCGCUGCCCGACAGCAUGAAGCUCGAGUCUGCGCACCCUCGUGGCAGCAUGACCACCCUGGGAGGGGCGGCCGCCUCGGCCCACCACCCCAUCACCACCUACCCGCCCUACGUGCCCGAGUACAGCUCCGGACUCUUCCCGCCCAGCAGCCUACUCGGGGGCUCCCCCACCGGCUUCGGAUGCAAGUCGAGGCCCAAGGCGAGGUCCAGCACAGAAGGCAGGGAGUGUGUGAACUGUGGGGCGACGUCCACCCCACUGUGGCGACGAGAUGGAACAGGGCAUUACCUGUGCAACGCCUGCGGGCUCUACCACAAGAUGAACGGACAGAACCGGCCCCUCAUCAAGCCCAAGCGAAGGCUGUCGGCAGCAAGAAGGGCAGGUACGUCCUGUGCAAACUGUCAAACCACAACUACGACUCUCUGGAGAAGAAAUGCCAAUGGAGACCCCGUCUGCAAUGCCUGCGGGCUGUACUACAAGCUGCACAAUAUUAACAGACCCCUGACUAUGAAGAAGGAAGGCAUCCAGACCAGAAACCGAAAAAUGUCUAGCAAAUCCAAAAAGUGCAAAAAGGUGCAUGACACGCUGGAGGACUUCCCCAAGAGCAGCUCGUUCAACCCUGCCGCCCUCUCCAGACACAUGUCUUCCCUCAGUCACAUCUCGCCCUUCAGCCACUCCAGCCACAUGCUGACCACGCCCACACCGAUGCACCCACCAUCCAGCCUCUCCUUCGGACCUCACCACCCUUCCAGUAUGGUCACCGCCAUGGGUUAGGGUCCCUGCUCGAGGCUCAGAGGUCACCAGGCGAGAGUCCCUCCAGCCCCUUCUACGUGCAUUUUCGCAGGAGCAGUAUCAUGAAACCGAAACCCGAUGGAUCUAUAUGUUUUUGCAGGCAGAAAGCAACAGGAUGUUUGCCACUUGGACAGAGGAGCCCACUGUGGUGUCUGUGUUCUCACUCCCUGAAUUUGGAUACCAUUUGUGAAUAAGCCAUUCAGACUUAUAUUCCCUAUUGAACAGGGUCUCUCUAGUGCUGUGAAAAAAAAAAUCGCUGAACAUUGCAUAUAACUUAUAUUGUAAGAAAUACUGUACAUUGGAAGAAGACUUUAUUGCCUCUGGGUAGCUGUCAGGAAGGCACGAAGGACGCCGUGCAUUUUAAGGACGAUGGGUGAAAAUCCAAGUGUGGAAAUUAAGAAGAAACUAGUUCUGAUAUCCAAAUGGACAAACUGCCAGUUUUGUUUCCUUUUCCUGGUCACAGUUGUUUGAUGCAUUAAAAGAAAAGAAAAAAAAAAGGAAAAAAAAAAUUGUAGGCAAAUCAUUCGUUCAAAGCGGUGGGCCUCUGCGUGGGAAAUUCUAUCCCUCCGGGCAACGCGUUACACUCCCCUCCUGCCGUGGAGGCUUCAGUUAGACUUUCCCAGGCCUCCGUGCUUUGUGAACAAGUCCCUGUAAUUGUUGUUUGUAUGUAUAAUUCAAAACACCAAAAUAAGAAAAGUUGUAGAUUUAUUUCAUCAUAUUAUACAGACUGAAUUGUUGUACAAAUUUAUUUCCUGCUAGUGUUAAGAACUGCUUUUUUGUUGUUUUUGUUUUUGGUUUUCGUUUCCGUUUUAAUAUUUUCCUUCUCUUUCAAUUUUUGGUUGAAUAAACUAGAUGACGUUCAGUUGA